CACAGACAUCCUCCCUCCCUUUUCCUCCCCCCCCCACUGCUCCUGCUCCUGCGAUACAUCGUCAUGAAGGGUCGCUUCACUCUCGACUCGCGAGAUCACUUCUACCGCCAGGCCAAGGCCGAGCGCUGGCGGGCUCGGUCAGCCUUCAAGCUUCUUCAGAUCGCCGAGCACUAUCGGAUCUUUGAUGGUGUUACUCGGGCGGUGGACCUGUGCGCGGCCCCCGGGUCCUGGAGUCAAGUGUUGCGUCGUGAACUUUGCUCCGAUGCGGCCAUUGUCUCGAUUGAUUUGCAGCCCAUCGCUCCCCUGAAGGGCGUUCACUUGAUCCAGGCAGACAUCACCCACCCGGACACCAUUCGCCAAGUGCAUGAGGCCCUUAGUCGGCCGACGGAUCCGACUCAGGCCGCCCCGAUGGACGAAGACUCGGGGCCUACCGUGGCGGACAAGGGAUUGGCCGAUCUGGUUGUGUGUGACGGCGCGCCAGAUGUCACUGGCGUUCAUUCCGUUGACGAGUGGCUCCAGGCCCAGCUCCUGACAGCUGCCCUGACCAUCGUGUCUCAAAUCCUCCGCCCCGGGGGUGCUUUCACCGCCAAGUUCUUCCUCGAAGACAACACCUCCUUCCUUUUCGCUCAGAUGCAGGCCGCCUUUGGGCGGGUCUCCAUCUUCAAGCCGGCCUCCUCUCGCCCCUCAAGUCGAGAGCAUUUCAUUGUUUGCCAGGACUUCUUGGCUCCGAAGGGCCUAGCCGAGUCCCUGGCCGAGUGGACCGCGGCCGGCGCUAUUCCCCGGCCGACUGGUCCGGCAAUCGCCCCCUAUGUUGCCACUGGUGACCUGGCUGGGUUCAACGCUGAGGCCACACCCGACACCGAGUCGGACUCCUUCCUGGAUCUGUCUUUUGAUGAGAUCCCCGAGGCUCCCCUCAGUCAGAGCUGCCUCGGCUCGUCCAAUGUCUUGGUCAACGCCAUGCCUGCAUGUUGGUAGGGGGCGACCCAGAGUGGGCGUGGUCGAGGGUGUCUUGUUCCUCUUCUUUUUUCUUUUCUUUUCUCCCUCCCCCCACCAAUAGACCACCAGCCUCCCUCAGGCUGUCGGCGUAUUCCUCCAUUCGGAGGUGAAACAGCAAGAACGAAA